GUGGAGAGAGAGAGAGGAACCUGUACUCUUCCACAGCGUAAGGAGAGAGGAAUCCUCAUCACAUUAUAAUCACUCGCUCAUUUUUUUUAUUUUUUUUUUUACAAAGUGAGCAAGUAAUGGCCUCUUUGGGAGACACAUGAUAAUAUAUCUUCGCUAGAUCUGGACUCUGUUUUUUUUUUUGUUUUUUUUAAAGGUGCACCUUUCUUUUUUUGCGUUUUGGAGCUCAACGGUAUUUCAACUGGUGGAUGAUCGAGAUGGCCCUAAAGCUGCUGAUACGUGUAGAAUGUGAAGAUGGUAGAGAGAGGCCAGUCAUAUGAAUGAAAAAGAGAGUGUGGGUUUAACGGUCCUGAUAUGGAGACGUCUUGAAACGAUACCUGGACAGAUUAUGAUUUCAUCAGAAACAACUUUGAAUAUAUAAUUCAUUUAGUUUGCUUGUUAAUGCAAACCUACCUGUCGUGGUACUAUGUUUUUUUAUUUUUCAUAGUACCACAAAUAUUGACAGUGAUAGACGAACAUGGCUGGAUGUCACUGUUUUUUGUAGCAGUGCUAAAAGGACUGCUGUGAUAACAGCCUUAUCUCUUGAUGACUGCAAGUAGAUGACAUUUUAAUGAAAACAAAGGCCUUCUAGACGUGCCUAGAUGUGGUCGGGCAGAUAGCAGUUUGAGAUUUUAGUUAAGAGUCGAGCUAUACAGGGUAGGUUAAGUCUGACGAUGAAUCCUAGUGUGGAGGUGAUGGACAUCCAAACAAGAAGUCAAAAGGAAAAAUUGACUCCAAUCAGAGCCAAUUCCAAAAAUGACCUGGAGAGUGAGGAUGACAAAAUCCCAGGGUCCUAUGACUGCAACAUUUGUGGACGCAGUUUCCCUUUCAUGAGCUCUCUGUCUCAGCAUAUGAGACGCCAUACUGGUGCACGCCCUUAUAAAUGCCCCUACUGUGACCACAGGGCCUCUCAGAAGGGAAACCUCAAAGUUCACAUACGCAGCCACAAACUGGGCACGCUAUCUAGCCACCACUCCAAUGAUGACCAAGAGGGAGGAGCAGAGGAAGAAGAGAUGAGUGUUUCAGAGGGUUUUGAUGGAGGCACAAGUCCAACCAAAAGCACCUCAGCUUGUAACCGUAUGAUGAGUGGAGAUGGUGCUGAAGAUAGUCGCAGGAAAGUGCCUGUGAGGAGCUUGAAAAGAGAGAAAUCUGUAAGUGACCAGCAGCCUUACUGCUGUCGUCUUUGUGGCUAUGAGGCCCAGCGGGAGGACCAGCUCCUGAGUCACAUUGAAAAGGUCCACAUUACUGUCGACACAGAUGAGCAGACAAGUGUUAAGGAAGAAGCCGUGGUUGAACCCGAAGUUCUCCAGCCUCAGUGCGAUGGGACCUUUCCUUGUGAAACCUGUGGCCAGGUCUUCACUCAGGCCUGGUUCUUAAAGUCACAUAUGAAGAAACAUGCAGGAAUCCUGGACCAUUGCUGUCGCAUAUGUGGGAGACGAUUUCGCGAAGCUUGGUUUCUCAAGUCCCACAUGAAAACACACAACACAAGAUCACGAUCAAGAGCAAAAUCUGAUUCUACUGAGCAUCCAGCCACCAUCAACGAUGUAGCACAGGAUCCUGAAUUUGUCAGCUCUGUUGCAUCUGUCUAUCAAAUGUGCUCGAAAUGUGGGAACUUGUUUGAUAGCCGAGAGAGCUUGAGAGUCCAUGAUAAAGUCCACAGUCUUAGCUAUGGAAAGAAAUUGCAGGGCCGAUCACGACCCAGUGAUGAUGAGGACCCCCCAGCAGCAAAAAGAGCUUUACUUGACUACUUAUGCCUUCAGCCAUUUAGAGAAAAAGCUGAGGAUGAUGCCAGUAAUAGGAUACUGGGUCAGAGAAUCCCUGAGCUUGAUCCAGUUUGCAGCUACCAAGCAUGGCAAUUAGCUACUAAAGGAAAAGUUGUGGAACCAGUAGAGUGCAACAAGACUUCCAGUGAUGGAGGAAGUAUUGGAGAAGAAGACCUUGCUGCAGCUGCUGUUGUGUAUGAGAAGGAAAGAAGCAGUUAUGUCCUUCAAGGUCAGGAAAGACGCAGCUCAGUUCGCCGCAGCAGCUCUGUUUUGGGAAACCAUGUUUCAUCUGGAGAUCAGACACCAGAGAGCCUCAGUGAUUCUGAGUACCGACCUUCAUCUCGCCAGGAACGGAGACGACCAUCACAGGCUCAAGGUCCCGCCAAAUCCAAUGAGUGCUUUGAAUGUGGUAAGAAGUUUCGCAGUCGCCACAAGAUGAUUGUCCACCAGCGCGUCCAUAGAAAGGAUGGAGUCAGGACGUCCAUCGAAGACAAUGUGAGAACUGAGAAUAAAGACCAAUGGGGCUCAACCAGUGACCAAGAGUCAGGCUCCCCAAGCCGACCUUUCACCCCGGGGUAUGGAGACUCUCCACCAGCCUCCACUCUCAGAGACCAUGCAUCCGAAAUGGGAACCGCUAACUCAGGGGAACUUGCAGAUGAAAACCCUUACGUCUGUAGCCUGUGUGACUUUGUUACCACCGAGUCAGAAAUGUACCUGGCUCAUGUGCGUGUCCAACAUCCAGCGUCCUCAGAAGAGAAAACCAGCCCUAUUCCCAGAGUCUCCCCCAAUGGUUAUCCCAAGUUGAAGAAAGCCCUUCUGCAGGGGCUGACAAUAGCAGAAUCCCCUCCAGCUCACCCUUCAACUUGUUCCUCUCCACUUGAUCCUGUGGAUCUCUGUGUCAGAGCUGGGGGUCACAGGGGCAGAACCCCCGCAAACCUUGACAGAAAAAUCCUCCCCAACCACAAGUGUUCCUUCUGCUCCCAUUCAACUCUCUAUCCCGAGGUCCUGUGGAUGCACCAGACUAUUGCUCACCGCAUGACCAGUAGUAGUUCCAAUCUGGCACCGAAAUGGGCUCUGAAAAACAGCAACAAGGCGCCCAAAAACCGCUUAUCCUCUGUAAGGCGUACUGGUCCCCCACCGGUCAUGGAGGGUAAGGAAUGUCCACCACUGCCUGCGCUAGCGCGUGUCCAACGCACACGGCCCCCGAUGCAGAUGAGCGAGGUACGAAAAAAACAAAAAACAAGUUCUCAUUCAGGUACAACACAACCAUCAUCCUCUACCCCCUCGCCGUUGCCGUCGAGAGCCUCCACAUCCGCCUCAAAAUCUCAAGCUGGGAAAGUCCCUCAGAAUCAACCUCCUCGCAUCAGACACAAAGUGACCAGCUCCUCUGGAGGAAACUCACAAUCUUCCUUCAUCUCUGCAGAGAAGAGCCCCAGCACCAUUUCACGACCACCAGCCCCAUACCCCAAUUCUUCCACAGCUUUCAGGAGGGCAGACCAUUACGCGGUGCCACAGGAGGGACUGGGCUUCAUGCUUUCUAACAAGUAUAAUGGUCAAGCAGAGUACAACCGAGCUGGAGGCUCCUCUCAUCGGCCGCUGGCGAACUACCACAACGAGCAGCGUGCAAAUGCUACAAGGCCUAGUACCAUCACUCAUAGCUCUACGAUGGGACACAACUACGGAGCCUCACAGGCACAUGGCAGCAUGCUGCAGACUUAUUUAGGUUCAUCCUCCUUUCCCUCAAAACCUAAUGAAAAUGUGAAGCAGGAGCCAUUGACAGAGAUUCAAGAAAUGCCAAACGACAUCCUCAGCUUCCUCAAAAACUACAGCCCCCAUGAUCUCGCUGCGCUUUACCACCGCUGGGGGACCACUAAUGCACUUUUGGAUCCUACUGGGAUGCUGAGGUCACUCAUGCAGCAGGGACAACAUUUCUGCCCCGAGUGCGGAAAGAGUUUCAGUCAACCCAGCCACCUGCGCACACAUAUGAGGUCCCAUACAGUUGGGUUUGAUUUUAAUGGACUCCACAGAGGUACUGAUGCUCACACCACCGCUUCUGAAGCUCCCAAACAAGGGAGAGGCCUUUCUGCUGCCAGCUCUGCCCAUACAGAGCAUCCCAGAAAGGGAACCUGAAGACACAUGUCCAGAGCGUCCACCACAUGCCUUUUGACAACAACCAGUACCCAGACUCAAGGACCUUGUUAUCAAGCCCCGAGGAGCUUGUCAGACCACCACUGACGUCACAGGAGCAGCAAUAGGUCCUCACGUACAAUCCAGGCCAGUCAGGGACUCACACUUCUGAAUACACCAUCAUUACUUCAAAAAUAUGAGGACUCGAGGAAAUUAGCGAUUUUCGGGUUACAAUUUUAAAUAUGUUUUUGCUUCGCCUUCCUUUUACCAUCCUUUAAUGGGGGUUUUCUAUAUUUUUUGUAGUUUUAAGGAGCUGUUUUAGAAUAAAUACAUAGAAAAUACAGUACUAGUACAGUACAGUCCUGUACAAAUUAGGGUUUGCACCCAUUUCUGUCUUAACGUGCAGUAAAAUGAAGUUUGCCAGCUCAACAAACAAUAUGGGAAAAUGAAGACUGUGUUUAAUUUAUAUGUUGUUUUUUUUCUAGGGUCCAUGACAAAACCCACUGUCCGAAUGGUAGUCCCAACAGAUAAAAUAGUCCUACGGCUACUACUCGAGCAGCCGCAAACAUGCUUAAAAACGACUAGUGAUUAUUUGAUUAUCAAUGUAGUGGCCGAUAAAUGUUCUCUGGAUUGUAUAAUUGAUUAAUCGACUAAUCAUAGCAGCUAUAAAGAGUUUGUCUUCGGGGCUGGAAGCCAUUAAAAUGUCUGCAUGUGUGUGUGUGUGUGUGUGUGUGUGUGUGUCAGCAUGCACGAAUGUGUUAAAGUCACUUGGCUCCACUCUUUAAGUGCGGUCUUAGGAGUGACCACUCUGAGGGGGAAUGAUUAGAGGCAGGGAGGUGAGAUUAGUGAGGGAGAGAAAGAUGUGUCUGCACUAAUGCUCAUUAAAAAGAGUUGCGUUUUAAUAGCCAUUAUAAAUGAGUGUACCGUUUUUAUGGUCAUACAAUUAUUGUCAAUUGAAGAGGAAGGGGCUGAGUGCCGGCAGUUUCCAUCUAUAUAACUCCUUUAUAUUACUGAGCCUUUCCCACACUGACACUUUGACUUUGAUUUACGCUGCAAACCUGCAGUGGGAGCGGCAUGAAGUCUCAGAUAGGAAUUGCACAAAUUACAGUCCGGCUUGUGCACUUUUGGUGGCAAAUAUAAUUCUGUUAAUGUGCUAAAUGACACUAAGAUGUCACAAAGCACUGAGAUGUUCGAUAGUCAGCAUCAUUUUAGAUGUCCCUUUUUACUCGAAAAAAAUGACUGCAACCCCUUUUAAUAUUUGUGUACCAGACACAUUUUAGUUUCUUGGUUACUGUCUUAAAAGGGUACUGCAGUUUUUUUUAAAUGUUGGCCUAUCUUUCACAAUCUUUACAUGAGACAAGAAAACAUUUGUCUUCCUUUUUUCUUCCAUUCUAACUAGUAAAAAGAUGUGAUCACGAGAGCCAACGAAUACAACGAAACAUCACUUACUGUACAAUGUCUUCUCUCACUGGGAUGGCAACUCUCGGGAUGCUCAAAUAUUCCUGUUUAGAUGAAGAAUGACUCAUAAUCCUCACAAAGAAAAAAAAGUGGGGUGCAACUAAGCCUCUUUUCAUGUUUUUCUCAUCAUUUCUGGGUCUAAGUUGGAUGCCAAAGUCGAACAACUUACCUGAUUAUGUCCUCAUCCUUCUACUAUCAAAGUGAGAGACAUUAUUUAUCAUCUAGAACAGUGGUUCUCAACCUUUUUUCAGUCAUGUACCCCCUGUGAACAUUUUUUAAAUUCAAGUACCCCCUAAUCAGAGCAAAGCAUUUUUGGUUGAAAAUACAUAAAGAAGUAAAAUACAGCACUAUGUCAUCAGUUUCUGAUUUAUUAAAUUGUAUAACAGUGCAAAAUAUUGCUUAUUUGUAGUGGUCUUUCUUGAACUAUUUGGAAAAAAAGACCAAAAUACCUAAAAACUUGUUGAAAAAUAAACAAGUGAUUCAAUUAUAAAUAAAGAUUUCUACACGUAGAAGUAAUCAUCAACUUAAAGUGCCCUCUUUGGAGAUUGUAAUAGAGAUCCAUCUGGAUUCAUGAACUUAAUUCUAAACAUUUCUUCACAAAAAAAUACAUCUUUAACAUCAAUAUUUAUGGAACAUGUCCACAAAAAAUCUAGCUGUCAUUGUUGCAUUGCUUUUCACAGUUUAUGAACUUACAGUCAUAUUUUCUUGAAGUAUUAUUCAACAAAUAUAUUUAUAAGGGAUUUUUGAAUUGUUGCUAUUUUUUCAAAAUCUCACCUACCCCUUGGCAUGCCUUCAAGUACCCCCAGGGGUACGCCUACCCCCAUUUGAGAACCACUGAUCUAGAAGAAACUUUCACAAGCUCCGAGACGAGAAAGCAGCUCACCAGCUGAUGAUGUAUGUCUGUGUUAGUGCUUAUAAUAAUAUCACUAAUGCUUGGUUAGUAUUCAGGUCAUUGUUGGCGGUUUUUGGAUGGUUAUUUAGAAGGUGUAACGAGCAAAGUAGAGGACCUUCCAUUCACUCCAUUGUCAGUGGACUUUAAUAUACAUCUGUCUUCUUGUCUCUCAUAAUGAUCAUGUAAGAUAGGCAAAAUUUAAAAAAGAAAAGUGCUGUUCUCCUUUAAUGUGGUCAACUACUUGAUCAGUGUGCACAGCACAUUAGCAUUGGACUCUGCAACUGAUCACCACAAUUGAAUACGACUCAAUACCCAGAACAAAGUUGUUGUCGUUAUUGAAUGAUUUGUAGCUUAGGAUGCUAAGAGCUCCAAGAAAGAGUGCAGCCUGUGGUCAAAAAGUAAGGCCUGCAGGCCUUGUUGGUCCCAUAGCGGGACAUUUAACAAGGCAGCCUCAGGACUUUCCUCGACGAUACAACCUAGUAUUUUCACACCCGUUCUAUCCUUCUAGAGCCAUGCCGCUAAAUAAUGACCUCAUAGCUGUUCUAGAGCACAUGUGUGCAUGUAGUUUUUUUUCAACCUGGAAAUACGGUGGUACCUCAAUUUACAAGUAUUUUAAAAGCUGUCUCCUGCCUUUAAGUUGCGAGUUUUCCUGGCGCUGGUAGUAUUUGUCCACAACCAGAGAGCGACACAAUCCUGCCCUCCAACCGCCAGAACUGAAAAAGGGAGUGAAAAGGAAAGACACUCAUUGAAUCAUAAAAACAAAUCAAUUAAAAAACUUGGGAUGUACGAUAUCGUGACAGUUUAAAGGCCAAGGUACGGUAUUAUUGCGGUAUCUUGCAAAAAAAAGAAGAAUUGGUAUGUGGAAGUUCCGCUGAUCACACACGUCACAGGAGACCGGCGUCCAGAGUUGAACAAAGUUUUAAUACACAGCAAUAGUUUUUCGCUAUUUUGACUUUUCAGUCCCUCAAAAGUCUCUCCCACUCUCCAAGUCCUUCCUUCUCCUGCUGUUCCCGACCGCUACUAUUAAAGACAACAGGUGAUUAGACAACUCGUACCACCUGGGAAAUCUAAUCACCUGUUCAGCUGUGUUUCGAAGCCGGCCCUGACACACCCCCCUGUCUGUCAGUGCACUGUCCUCAGCAUCUUGGACAGGGACGGAGACCCCCGCUCCCGCAGGCAGGGCUGGCCACGCCUCCCUCCACAUGGUAGUAAUGCCAUCGUGAAAAUGAAAAUGGCAAGAUUGUAAAUGAUAAACACACUCACUGUAAUUGAACACAAAAAUAAUGCUCAAAUUAUGUAAUAAUAUUUUUUACUAUAAACAAGUGAAAAAUAGUGCUUUAACAUCCAUUAUGUCAAGUAACAAGCAAAUAUAAAAAUAUAGUUUGGUGUUUUUAAACUGACCGUGUGAACAUAAAAAAUGUUCACCUUUAACUUACUGAGAACCCAAGAAUGCUGACAAUUUCACUUUUAAAAAUUUGAAAACCUCACAAAUUUUUGUCUGGCCCCACUGGCUUGCUUAGUUUCACAUCAAGGAUAUUUUCCAGGUGAUGGUUAAUCAAGUGGCUUCUCAUAUUUCUAACAUUACCCGACUUAUGUCUGCAAACUUUUCGUUGCAUGUCCGCGCUCCCACGCGAUAUAACUCAAUGUCGACACUCAUUUGUCAGAUUGAAUGUUUCCUCCUUAAUCGUUUUUGUUUAGAAACCAAGAUGCAUCAAAACUUAUGAUUUAAACUACGAAGGAGGUUUGGACAGUUUUCCGCUUUGCACAGGGGAUCAUCACAAAUUUACUGUGGUUUACUUCUCAGACCAGCCCAUUCAACAGCACCAGGAAAAAAAAUACACUGAAGGGAGUGCUCCACGUUCUCGUUUGAUACUGUCAGAUUCCAUGGGAAUUUUGAAACAGCAACGUACCGCGAUACCUACAAUACCGUUACAUCUCUAUUACAUCUGUCCUAGCAGGGGGGGCGCCACAACUGCGGUCCCCUCCAAGGUUUCUCAUUGUCAUCCCAUUGGGUUGAGUUUUUUUCUUGCCCUGAUGUGGGAUCCGAGCCAAGGAUGUAGUUGUGGCUUGUGCAGCCCUUUGAGACCUUUGUGAUUUAGGGCUAUAUAAGUAAACUUUGACUGAUUGAUUGAUUGAUACAGUGUAGCAGACUCGGCAAGAAAGCCUGACCACAGCACCGCCAGUUUGCACCAUUCCGAAAGCAAAAGUCAGCCUGCACAUUUAUUAAGACAUUUAUCCAUGAGAAUAUUGAGAAGCUGCUGAGUAGUGUACACGACCCGCUUCAGUUCGUGUUCAAUUCAAACCGGACAGUUAAGCAGUAGCUUUACUCACUGGGUCACGUCAAAUGCUUUCAACUCUGACCUCUCCAGUCCAACAACAAUAACAAUUACUAUACAGUGGGGCGAAAAAGUAUUUAGUCAGCCACCGAUUGUGCAAGUUCUCCCACUUAAAAUGAUGACAGAGGUCUGUAAUUUCAUCAUGGGUACACUUCAACUGUGAGAGACAGAAUGUGAAAGUUUAUACCAAAAUGGAUACAUGGAUGAUACAGCAGAGGAUUGGGAAAAUGCCAUGUGGUCAGAUGAAACCAAAAUAGAACUUUUUGGUAUAAACUCAACUCGUCGUGUUUGUAGGAAGAAGAAUACCGAGUUGCAUCCCAAGAACACCAAACCUACUGUGAAGCAUGGGGGUGGAAACAUCAUGCUUUGGGGAUGUUUUUGUACUAAGGGGACAGGACGAUUGAUCCGUGUUAAGGAAAGAAUGAAUGGGGCCAUGUAUCGUGAGAUUUUGAGCCAAAACCUCCUUCCAUCAGUGAGAGCUUUGAAUGGUUGACCAAAUACUUUUUUCCACCAUAAUUUACAAAUAAAUUCUUUAAAAUUCCUACAAUGUGAAUUCCUGGAUUAUUUUUUUUCACAUUCUGUCUCUCACAGUUGAAGUGUACCUAUGAUGAAAAUUACAGACCUCUGUCAUCAUUUUAAGUGGGAGAACUUGCACAAUCGGUGGCUGACUAAAUACUCUUUUGCCCCACUGUAUUUACAUGACGGAGAAGCAGCCUGAAUGACAUGCCACAGUAAAUACUGUACACUAUUACUAUUUAUUAUUAUUUCAUAAAACUAUUGCGCUACUUUCGAUUGUAAUGUAGCUUGUUUUUCAUUUUCAGAAUCAGAAUCAGGUUUAUUUGGCCAAGUAUACUUGCAUAUACAAGGAAUUUGUCUUCGGCAGUCGUUAGCUCUCCAAACAUACAACAAAUAGACAAGUAUACAUUCACUGAGCAAGCUAGUACUUUUAAAAGGCAUGUUCCAUUGAAAAAUUGUGGUAUUGUGAGAGGGUCAAGUACGGUUUAAAGGAAUUUAGGUUCAUUUCAAUGGGAAACAUUGCAUUUUGAGUCAUAGAACCAAUCUCGCCCGUAAAUUGAGGUACCACUGUACUUAAUAGUAAUUAGGAAAGGAUUACUAACAUCCACUCUGCAGCCUUUCUUCAACAUGUGUACUGGCUGUAUGGGCUGGGCUAUAUGAAGAGGGUUUUUUUUGUCUCUUUUACUUGGAUUUGUUUCCUCAACAACCCCAAAUUGAGUAAGCCAUGCAUCAACCCUUUUUUUGUGGGGGGAAGAGGGGGAAGAGAAAAAAUUGUCAGGGAAUUAGUUCGCCCGGGAUGCUGACGGAACUCCGGACGAAGCGUGCAGGUAGGAUUGUAAUUUAUUGUCCAUAAUUAAUUCAAUGACAUACAAAAGUACAGGGAACAAACAAAAGUUAAGUGAGACUUGGAACAGGAAUCAAAGCAAAAAAAAACAGGAGUCAUCAAACGUAACUGUUGCAUUGUGCAAACAAGGAAGUCAGGCCGAGCGUGGCGAGAAACGGGAAUAAGUAGCUCUCUGAUUAGUGCCCGGCAGCAAGUGAGCAUCCCGGACACUAAUCAGAGGCAGGUGAUACUAAUUUGCACCCAUGGCAAAUAAAACAAACCCAGAUGUGCACAAAACAGGAACUGAGGGAGUCUAAAACUAAACAGAACAUGAUCCGGGCAACGGAUCAUGACAUUUAUUGACUGCAGCCUAGUGAAUAUUGUAAUACAGUCACUACAUCGCACUUCCAAGUUUGCUGAUUGUAAAAGUGAUUGUGUGGAUGUUAUUUCACGCCCACAGAUCCUUUCUAAACCAUACUUAAAAAGUUGAUAACAGUUUUUUUCAACUCUAGUUCCAAAUACAUAGUUCAUAACUUUUACUAAUUAACACUGAAAACGAGGGUUUACUGUAUUACUCUUGACAAGCAGAGGUAGAUUUAACUAUGGGAGCCUUUUGAGUCAUAGAACCAAUCUCGCCGUUAAAUUGAGGUACCACUGUACUUAAUCGUUGGAAAAAAAUCGUAAUUAGGAAAGGAUUACUAACAUCCACUCUGCAGCCUUUCUUCAACAUGUGUGGGCUGGGCUAUAUGAAGAGGUUUUUUUUUUGUCUCUUUUACUUGGGUUUGUUUCCUCAACAACCCCAAAUUGAGUAAGCCAUGCAUCAACGCUUUUUUUGGGGGUGGGGGGGAGGGCGAGAAAAAAUUGUCAGGGAAUUUAAAUGUUUUUGCACGGGUGGACGAUGCAAAACUGUUAACAGAGAAUGAGACUAUAAGUCUGUUUUGAAACCUCAGUAGUUUUUAACGACCAAACAGUGGAUGUAAUACCAGCUCGUCGUUGAGAUAUGCAUACAAUAUUGUGUGCUUCAAUAAUGCCUAAUGAUACACAAACGUGUGUAUUGAAGUUGUGCAUUGGUGAAAAUACUUGAAAAUGGAUAUUCUAGCCUUGUAGUGUAGAGUAGUACUAAUACCAACGUUGUACAGAAUUCCCUUUAAGAUGAAUAAUAACCUCCUCGGUUAGGAAUUUGUACUCCGAAGUGUGACUUGGGAAAAAGUGUGCAGGCGGAGUGCGUGUAAUAUAAACGAUGUACGUGUAAUCCAAUCCUACCAAACCCUUUAUAUACAGCGGUAGAAACCAAAUGGCAUUUUUAGUGCACUUAGAAUAGGUUAAGGCGUUUAACUUUGGGUUCAUUUCUUGCCAAGGUUACGUUGAGAACGUUUCUUUAACAGUGCGAGCUUCAUGUAAAUCUGGAAGCGUUUUUUGCAUAGAUUUUAAUGACAGUUUAGUUAUGUUUCCUCAAGGAAAGUUUGACAAGUGCUUAUUGUUCAUGAAGAUGUAAGAGCUUGUUUUUAGUCUAUUUGCUAAAUUGUAGGAUUUGUGUCAUUAACUCGCCGUGUCUGGCCUCCCACUGGGACUGUUUUUUUUUCUUCCUUCUAUUGGGGGUUUAUCACUUAUUUUAAGUUGUAUUUUUUUUCUGUCUGUGAGCUUUUUAUUUGUAAUCAACUUCAUGAUUAAUGUACCUUAGACGACCUUAUUAUUCCAAGUGUUUUGGUUGGAAUCUGUAUUUAUUAUCACUUCAAAAAGGACUCAAGGACAGAGGCGGUUGUUUGGUAGUUUUGAUUUUUCGGGGUUAUUAUUAUUUUUUUGUUUUUUUUUACUGUGUCAUUUUAAAGCCAGCAAGCUGAAGUGAAAGCUCUACCUCGUCUGAGCCAUUCUCAGUUCUGUUAACACUUUUGUAAAUCAUUUCAAAAACAUGUUAUGUCAUGUCCACAAUAAAGACACACAAAAUGGCAAGGUUUGGCA